UGCACACGCGCGCGCACCGCUGCUCUCCCUGAGACACACUGGAGGAAAAGGUCAAACUAAAGGCGAGGGAGCCGGGAAGCCGGAGGGAGCCGCCGCUGCCGCCGCGCGCCAUGACGGACGCGGCCGAAGCUGCUUUCUCUCCGCCGACGCCGCCGAGCCGCUGCUUUCGCCGCGCCCCCUGCCCCCGCCUCCUGCGCCCCCUCCCCCGGCGCUCGCGCGUCCGCGCGCCCCCUCCCCCCCGGCGCUCCAGGCGCGCGUCGGGCCCGGGGCGCGCGCCGGCCGGAGCGGGAGAGGGAGCGGGAGCGGGAGCGGGAGCGGGAGCGAGGGUGGGGGCCGCGGCGGGCGGCCCGGCGGCCUCCUCGCGCGACCCCCGAGCCCCUCGCCCGGCCCCUCGGCCGGAGACCGCCAGGAAUCUCCUUCCUGAGGAAGAACGGGUGAUUGAUGCAUCGUCAAGGCCAUCAGCCGGGUUCCUCUAA